AUGAACAACUACUAUCAGACCAUGAAAUACUCUGAUGUCCUUCCCAUGGAGGCUGAAGAUGACGAGAUUCAAGAAAUCUCGAACAUGGAGGCGUCUUUGAGUGCGGUGGAGAAUAUCCUCGGCUACCGAUUCAAGAACAGGAAGCUUCUCGAGGAUGCCUUGACUCAUCCUUCAUACCCCGAUUCUGAAUCCUACCAGCGGCUCGAGUUUGUGGGUGAUGCUGCGCUUGGACUGGCAAUGGCGAACUACUUUUUCCUCAAGUACCCAAAUGCGGACCAGGGUAAGAUCUCGCUCGUACGUGCUGCAAAUAUUAGCACGGAGAGGCUCGGACGUGUUGCUGUAAACUGGAAGCUUCACGAUUAUGUCCGCCACAACGUUCCCAGCCUUCAUGAAAAGGUAAGAGAAUUUGUGAUGGCUGUAGAGGGAGAGGAUGAGGCUGAGAUUUAUGGAGGCCUGGUGAAAGCUCCAAAAAUUCUUGCAGACCUUGUGGAGUCACUAGCAGCUGCUGUAUAUAUAGACUGCGACUUCGAUUUGAAGGCCAUGUGGAUCAUAUUUGGAAAACUUCUAGAGCCUCUGGUAAUGCUUGAUGUGCUAGAACAACAACCACAGCCUGUUACUAUGUUGUUCGAGUUAUGCCAAAAGGACAAAAGGCGAGUUGAUAUAAAGCAUUGGCGAGAAGGAGAAAAAAACAUAGCAGGUGUCUAUGUUGAUGGCGCUUUUGUGGCCUCGGCUUCUUCUGACAAGAAGGAGAAUGCAAAGCUACUAGCAGCUAAGGUAGCUCUUAAGGGAUUGCAUUAUGAGGACUCGUCUACCCCUCUCAAUGACGGCAAUGAAUUUGGAGCAAAACAAAAGCUACACGAGCUAUGUGGACAGAAGAAAUGGGGUAAACCAAGUUACAAAAUCCAGAGCGAGGUUGGCCGAGCUCAUGAGAAGAAGUAUAAAUGCUCUGUUCAAGUUGAAAUAGCUGAGGGUAUUCUCUUUGUGGAGGGGGUUGAAAAAAAACGUGUGAAGGAAGCGGAGAACUCUGCAGCUUACUUGAUGCUUUGUGGUAUGAAGGAGAACAAUUACAUUUGA